ACAUCUCAUGACGUCACUUCCGGAAGCUGCAAUCGCUUCCUGUAUGGGUGUAAAUGGGGACAUGACACAGUCGUUCAGAGCUGUAAAAUUGAAAAUAAUCAUUCCGCUGGUAUUUUUCCAGGUGCGUGAUCGCUAUAAUACUAUCUACUUUAGGCGGCUGAGCGACAUCGGUGGCUGCGAUGGAAGCCGUGCCGCGAAUGCCGAUGAUCUGGCUGGAUCUGAAGGAGGCAGGGGAGUUCCAGUUCAGCCCGACUGUCAGACAGUUCAUCCUGAAGAACUACGGUGAAGAUCCUGACAAUUAUAAUGAGCAGUUGAAGAAACUGGAGCAAUUGAGACAGAAUGCUGUGAAUGUCACACGAGACUUUGAAGGCUGCAGCACCUUAAGGAAGUACUUUGGGCAACUACACUAUCUUCAGAGUCGUGUGCCUUUGGGAUAUGGGCAGGAAGCUGCUGUCCCGAUCUCCUGGACAGAGAUAUUUUCUGAGAAGACAGUGACCCACGAGGACAUCUGCUAUGAGCAGGCAUGCAUCCUUUAUAAUUUGGGAGCGCUCCAUUCAAUGUUGGGAGCCAUGGACAACAGGGUAUCCGAAGAGGGAAUGAAAGUAUCGUGCACACACUUUCAGUGCUCGGCUGGAGCGUUCACCUACCUGAGAGAUCACUUCAGCCACAACUUCAGUGUGGACAUGAGUCACCAGAUCCUCAAUCUCAACAUCAACCUCAUGCUGGGUCAGGCCCAAGAGUGCCUGUUGGAAAAAUCUAUGUUGGACAACAGGAAGAGCUUUCUCGUCGCUCGGAUAAGUGCCCAGGUGGUGGACUAUUAUAAAGAGGCAUGCAGAGCUCUGGAGAACUCAGAAACCGCUUCAAUGUUAGGAAAGAUACAGAAAGACUGGAAGAAAUUAGUGCAAAUGAAGAUUUAUUACUUUGCUGCAGUUGCUCACCUGCACAUGGGAAAACAGGCUGAAGAGCAGCAGAAGUAUGGAGAGAGGGUUGCUUACCUUCAGAGCUCACUAGACAAACUCAGUGAGGCAAUUAAGAUGGCUAAGGGUCAACCAGACAGUGUACAGGAAGCCCUUAGAUUUACCAUGGAUGUCAUUGGGGGAAAAUUUAAUUCUGCCAAAAAAGACAAUGACUUCAUUUACCAUGAAUCUGUGCCACCUCUGGAAACACUGACUUCAGUGAAAGGAGCCCCACUGGUGAAAGCCUUGCCUGUAAACCCAACAGACCCCAGUGUCACUGGCCCAGACAUUUUUGCAAAGCUGGUGCCCAUGUCUGCCCACGAGGCCUCCUCUCUUUACAGUGAAGAGAAGGCCAAGCUGCUAAGGACUGUCAUGGCUAAAAUAGACAGCAGGAAUGAAACAUUAGAACAGUUCAUGGACUCUCUUGGUCUGGACCCAGAGUCAGUAGACAAUACAGAGAUGUAUAAUACGCUUCCUUCUGUGCUGAUGGAAAAAUGUGCUGCGUUGAGUGUGAGACCUGAUACUGUAAAAAACCUAAUUCAGUCAAUGCAGGUCCUCUCAGGUGUGUUCACCGAUGUAGAAGCCUCUUUGCGGGAGAUUCGAGAUGUAUUGGAUGAGGAUGAGGCAGAGGAGCGAAGUUUAGAAGAGGCUGCUGGGAAGCAGGCUGUACCAGAACAGCCCUCGGCUCUGGCUGAGCUGCGGAGAGACCUGGAAAAGUAUUUGGAAGCACACGAGAAAGCUAGCUUCACCAACACAGAACUUCAUCGGGCCAUGAAUCUGCACAUCAGCAAUCUGAGGCUCCUUGGUGGACCACUAGACACCCUUAGAGAGGCAUUGCCAAGACCUCAACUUAGCGAGGAUGAGAUGGCAGGUCUCCAGACUAUGAAAAGAAUUUUGGGAAAAGUGCAAGAAAUGCGGGACCAACGAAGCUCCCUGGAAGAGCAACUUAGAGACCUCAUUCAGCAGGAUGACAUCACUACUUCACUAGUUACAACUGAGCUUGCUGACAUGAAGAAACUGUUUAAGGAACAGCUUAAGAAGUAUGAGCAGGUGAAAUUAUACCUUGAUCAGAACCUGACAGCUCAAGAGAAUAUCCUGAAGGCACUGACAGAAGCUAAUGUGCAGUAUGCCACUGUGCGCAAGGGCCUGGCAGAAACUGAACAUAAAUGGAACAGCACUGUGCAGAUGCUUGUGGCCUCCUAUGACAAGGCCUAUGAAGAUCUAAUGAAGAAAUCUCAGGAGGGCAAAGAAUUUUAUGAAGAUUUGGAAACAAAGGCCUCUCGGCUGUUGGAGAAAGCCAAGACUGUCUGCAAGGCUCGAAAGGAAGAGAGACAAGCCAUAAUGGAAAAGGAACUAAAAAAAAAGGUGCCCCAAAGACCCACUGCCCCAAAGCCACCCCCGAAGAAAGGCCAAAGUGUGGAUCCUGAAAACUUAGAUGACCCUGAACUGGCAGAGCUGAGUGCUGCUAUCCUAGCUCUUGGUGGAGAUCUCCCAGAAGAGCUACGUAGCCUGCCUCCUGAAUUUACCAUUCCACCACCUGGUCAUCCUUCUGUGCUUUCCGGAGCCGCUGCUAGAUCUAUUCUGCGCUGGCCUGGAGCUAACUCGGGUUUACUCUACACACAACCCAGAUUUCCUCCAAAUUUACCACCUCUUGAAGUUCUUGCUGAGAUCUCCUGUUUUCCAACUCCUCCCCUUUCUCAGAGUUUCAGUCACAGUCUUUCCCAGCCUCCUCUGGCACAGCAACUUCCACAGCUGCCCAACCCACGGGUCCUUCCACCACCAUCUGUGUCUGGGUACUGUCCUCCAUCUUCACAGAACCAACCCGGUCCAGUCACUCCAGUCCGACCUUCCACCACUACAGUGGAUAGUGUACAGACACCUAUUCCUAGCUACAGUCCUGCAUCUGCCCAGGCAGUUAUGCCCUGCCCUGGCCAACACCAACCAAUGCCAUCAGUGUAUGCAGCGCCACCUCAGAUGACACCCCACGUCCAGUACAUGCAGCAACCUGGUGCUCCCAUGAGCCAGCCACAGGCAAUGCCAGCCCCUCAUCCACAGCCUCAAACUCAGCAAGUGUUUGGUCAACAGGGUGGUCAAAGUCAACCACAGCCGUUUUACCCACCUGUACCAAAUCAACACCAAAUGCCAAGACCUUUGCCUGGGCCACAGCUUCCACAGCAUAUUAAGCCUCAGUUCCAACAAUACAUAGCCCAAGUAAGACAACCAGGACCACCACACUUCCAAGGACAGUUUGGAGCUCCAGCUACCCAUGUGCAGCCCUAUCAGGGUUACCCCCCUGUCUCAUUUGUUUCGAAGUCCCAACCUCCACAAGUUAACACUGUCAACCCGGGCCAGAUGCCCCAUCCAGGCAUACCUCCACAGAUGCCACCAUCCUCCCAGUCAGUGCCUCCUGUGUCAAUGCCACACUUGGCUCAUGCUAAUCAGCAAAUGCCUCCAUCUUCCCAGCCAGUGCCCUCUAUGUCAAUGCCACACUUAGCCCACAUUAAUCAACAAAUUCCCCCUUCCUCCCAGCCAGUGCCCUCUGUGUCAAUGCCACACUUAUCGCAUGUCAAUCAACAGAUUCCCCCUGCUUCACAGCCACAAACACCUCCCGUCAAUCAAUUACCCCAUGCUCCUCACCCCCAGAUACCACCAUCCUCUCAUCAUUUAGGCCCUGCACCUCAUAUGCAGAUACCUCCUGCCUCAAAACAGAUGCCUCCUCCCCAGCAGCCACAAAUGCUUGCACCAUCCACUCACAUGUCUCCUUCCUCUCAUCCACAAAUGCCCUCAGUCUCCCAACCGCUACCUCAUUGCCCCCAAUCACAAAUAAUCCCUACUCAUCAACCCAGCCAACAGCCAGCGUACCCAGCAGUCCCUCUGAGGGCUAAUGUUCCUGUUCAGCCUCGGGUACCGCAUGGCCCUCUCUCAUCACAGAUACAAAUGCACCAUAGCACUCCUUCACAGCAUCAAAACCACCCUCAUCCUAAAAUCCUUUCCCAGUCCUGUCCUCCAGCACUCCCUCACAAUAUCUACAAACCUCAGCUACCCAUUCCUCCUAGCUCUGCACCUUUGAGUUUUCCAGGAGGUGUUCCUAUGGUUUCCAACCAGUCUGUGGCACCUCUGCAGCCUCAGUCCCAGCCACCCACUUCACAGCCUUUAGCCCCGCAACAGCUGCCCCCGGGAGGCCCAAUAUCUUAUGCUGUUCCACAAGGUGGGAACAUUGGUACUGGACCAAUGCAGCAUCCUGUAGCUGCUGCUCCCCCAGGGCAUCAAAGCAUGAUAACUACAUCCUCAGGAGCACCAGGGGCACCACAGCCUCAUGUGCUACCUUCUCCUGCCCCAUCACCUUCUCCCUCUCCUGGUCCUUCCUCCCUUGGUAUGGUCACCCAACGACCUUCUCCUGCUCUUACCCCAGUUGGAGGAGCAACAUUGCCACAGUCCUCAGUUCAGACUCCAACACCCACUGGUCCUGUGACUCCAUCUGACUCCAGUUUGUUUCAGCGACAGAACUCUAGUACUGAUGACUUGCUUUCCUCAAGCCCAGAGAGCCAGCAUGGAGGCACCAAGGACACCGCCAAUGUCUUACUACCCACAAAAGCUGACCCUCAGGAGGAACAUCACAGAAAAAAAGCAGAGGGUGUAAGACUUAUCCAAGGUGACCCUUACCAAGCACCAGAGAGGGUCUCGAAACUCAGUGCACAGCUAGAACGGUUUAGAUUAACAGUCCAAUCCUUAGAGCGCCCGACAGGGGAAGGAGGUCUGUCGAAACUUGACGCUCAAUGGAAAGAACUGCAAGAGCAGCAGGAGAAGGAUACUCGCCAGCUCUCUAUUGCUAUUGCUCGUUGCUAUACCAUGAAGAACCGCCAUCAGGAUGUUAUGCCAUAUGACUGCAAUCGUGUUGUCUUGUGCUCCGGUAAAGAUGAUUACAUCAAUGCCAGUUUCAUUGAGGACCUGUCUCCAUACUGCCCCUGGCUCAUUGCAACACAGGCUCCCCUCACUGGCACUGCAGCUGACUUCUGGCUCAUGGUUUAUGAGCAGAAAGUUUCUGUAAUCGUCAUGCUAGUGUCUGAGCAAGAACUGGAGAAGCAAAAGGUGUUGCGAUACUUUCCAUCAGAGAGAGGCCAACGACUUGCUCAGGGGCCAAUCACCCUUACCCUUACCACUCAGAAGAGUACUCCUACGCAUAUAGAGCGCAUGAUAGGACUGCAGUAUCGGGACCAAAGUUUGAGACGCACCGUCAUACACCUUCAGUUUACUUCAUGGCCUGAACUGGGCCUUCCAGAGAGUAAAAGCAACCUCAUCCAUUUCAUUCAAGAAGUCCAUGGACAUUACCUACUUCAGCGCCCACUACACACUCCAGUCGUAGUGCACUGCAGCUCUGGUGUUGGCCGUACUGGUGCCUUCUGUCUGCUUUAUGCAGCGCUGCAAGAAAUUGAGGCUGGCAAUGGUAUACCUGACCUGAUCCAGCUGGUGAGGAAGAUGAGGCAGCAGAGGAAGAACAUGCUGCAAGAAAAGCUUCAUCUCAAGUUUUGCUAUGAGGCUGUCCUUAAACAUACAGAGCAGGUUCUGCAACGUCAUGGCAUUAUUACAUCCCCUUGCACCAGGACCCCAAAUAACAUUGCAUUAAAGACGUACUCACGACAGGAAUCUCAGGACAUUGUUCUGGGAGGAGACAUGCCUAUUAGUUCCAUACAGGCCACCGUGGCCAAACUGAGCAUUCGACCACCCAGUGUUGACCAUGAACAAGAGCCUGGCCAAGACCAGAUGCCCUCUGUUUCUGAAGCGGCAAGCACAGCGGAACCAGAUUCUACAGAUACGUCACUUCAGCCUUCUCAGGACUCGCUUUGUUAUGAAGCUAUGCCUGAUUCCCUCAGUCCCCCCCUCUCUUGCACCUCUUCUCCAGGCAAGACACAGUCACCUUUGCCUCCUAGCCAAGGGAAUGGGUUCACCGGGUCCACUCCUGCAUCUCCCGUCUCAAAUCACCACCCAUCCACUGAAGCAGUGCCUCAUGCUCCUUCUCCGCCCCCCUCCUCAUCUUUAGAUCUGCUUGCUUGUCUCACACCUGAAGCCUUCACUCUGGACAGUGCCCAUCGAGGCAAGCAGCGGAUUAGCAAGCAAAGCUUCCUUCAGCCACAAGAAGGCAAAGGCCUGCAGGGACCACCAGAGGGCGACGAUCCGCUCAGUAGUUUGGAUCCUCUCUGGACACUCAACAAAAGCUGAAACAACACAACCAAGCUCUCUUUUAUCUUCUCCCCCACAGGCAGUCCUCUUAUGAACUCAUCACUGUCUGUCUAUCCACCUGUGUUCUGAAAAGUCUUUUUUCAGUUGGCACUUUUCCAGCUCUGAUCCUGGUUACAUUCCGUAAAUCCGGUCUUGUCUCCUAGCAUGCACUCCUAAUGCCAUGGUGUUUGUGAUUGCCUGUAAGGUGCCUGAGUGUUGGUUCCUCUGCAGUGGGCAUUUGCCUCCACACCAAAAACGUAAACAUUGAGAAUGGAAACAGUGUGAUAGAAAAACUGACAUUGAAGCUACAGUUGUCAUUAACAGUUUGACUGAGCGACUAUCUGCUCACCCUUUGUACACAUGCUGCUUGCACUGUGGGUUGUAUAUUAUUAGUCUCCGCACCUGUCUUUGAGCUACAGUGAUCUGCAACAUAUAUAUGUAGGGACAAAUUGAAGCUGGUGAUGAAAAUACAACUUGAUAUGACUUGAUGUACUUGGUAUACUUAAAACACUCAAAUUUCUGAAUCACUUCAGAAAUCAAAGCAUUUUAUGAGUUGAUACUAACUUCUUUCUUUGAACUGUGUAAAUAAAUCUUAACAGAUGUCAA